AUGACAGGAUUGGUGCCUCAUUAUAAAACAUCUUGUACAAGCCUCAACAUCUUGAACAACGACCAUUCUAUUUGGGUUGACAUUCUCAACGUUAAAUAUGGGAAAGUUAAUUUUUGGCAAGGCGCCAUCCCUGCUAAAUGCUCGUGGUUUUUUCGUGGGUUAUGUCAUUCGGCAAAAUAUAUUAAGCCAUUUUGCAAAAUCAAUGCUGUUAACCCUGAGCGUACUUCGUUCCUUUGGGACCCUUGGAUCUUUGACAUUCCGGUUGCAUUUAAGCCUACAUACAUUAAUAUGGAUGUUGAUCUUCCUAACGUUGCUAUGUCGGAUUUGGUCUCGGAUAAUCUGUGGGAUCUUAACUCUCUCUCCCUGAUCUUUGGUGAGCUGCCCAACACGUUUAAUAGCGAAUUUGUUUCGGUUGUUCCUGACCUUGAUAAUCAUUGGAUUUGGCUGCCUAAACCCAGUUCCUGUAAAAUCUCUUCAGCUGUUUACCACCAUUUAAAUAACCAGUCUUCAUUUUCUGAUCCUUGGGUUGGCUGGAAGCACUUAUGGAAAAUCCCUGUUGCCCCACGUAUUAAGCAUUUCAUCUGGUUAUGCAUCAAAGGUCGUUUGUCUACUUUUGCCUUUCUUAACCAACUAAAUAUAGGUCCGGAUCGCCCCUGCAUAUUCUGUGGUCUUCACCGUGAAACCAUCAAUCACCUUUUUAAUGACUGUUCUAGUGCUCAAUUUGUUUGGAAUCAAAUCAUGAUCAAAACUAACUGCACCUUCAAACUUUUCGGACGAUUUCCAAGCUGGGCGAUUGGAUCUUAA